ACAAGCUUUAGCGGGUGACGCUGGAGUCUCCCCGGGACAGUGCAUAGUUUCCGCUAUUCGGACAGGAGAGACAGGCUGAGCAGGACUGCCCGCUUAUUUAAAGAGAUAAAUUAUCUGCUAUGGUAAUCUUAAUAAACUACACACUGACAAGUCUGUGAAACCGAAGCCUCGUCGGGAUAUUUCCUUCAUUCAGCAGCAGAGAAGAUGGAGGUUGAAUGUCUGGCACUGAAAGACCUCACAAGUCCCAGGAAAGGUUUCCCGGUGGAGCCAGAGGAGGAUGGGGGCCAAAGUGAACAAAAGGAAAACAUCUGCACAGAGAGGAGAAGAUCCACGCCGCUGAAAUCUGCAGAGUCACCCGUCCCCAUUUUGCUCAUAAGCAGAAACGGUGCCGCCCCUGACCUGGCUCACAUCACCCCCGUCAAACACACGGCCCUGGCCGAGCCCUGGACGCCCACAGCCAACCUGAAGAUGCUGAUCAGUGCCGCGAGCCCAGACAUCCGGGACCGAGAGAUGAAAAAGGUUCUGUUCAGACCCAUAGAGAAUGAGAAGGACAAGCCAUCAAGUCCAGAUACUGUGGCGGAGGAUACGGAGGUGGAAGACUCUCAGUUUGAAGCUGUGGAGGAAGAGGAGGAUGCAGACAAAAAACCAAGCAGGAAGCAGAAGAGUCUGGGGCUGCUGUGCCAGAAGUUCCUGGCCCUCUACCCUGAUUACCCCCCGCUGCACCCCCCCAUCUGGAUCUCACUGGACGAGGUGGCGUCCAGUCUGGGAGUGGAGCGUCGGCGCAUCUACGACAUCGUGAACGUGCUGGAGUCUCUCACGAUCGUGGGUCGGAUAGCUAAGAACAGCUACACCUGGUACGGUCGCCUGCGGCUGGAGGACACGCUGGAGGAGCUGCAGCGGAGGGGGCGGCAGCAGGGAUACCACCUCCAGGUGGAUCUGACCAGGGAGGUCGGACCGGGGCGCGAGGACGAUGCAGCGGAAGGAGACGCCGGCACCGCAGGUGGCAACAGAAAAGACAAAUCUCUGCGCAUCAUGAGCCAGAAGUUCGUCAUGUUGUUCCUGGUGUCUAAAACUCAGACGGUCACUCUGGACGCAGCCGCAAAGAUCCUGAUCGAGGACAGUCAGGACUCAUCCAGUCACAGCAAGUACAAAACUAAGGUGCGGCGGCUGUACGACAUCGCAAAUGUGCUGACCAGCCUGGGCCUCAUAAAGAAGGUGCAUGUGCGUGAGGAGCGAGGCAGGAAGCCGGCCUUCAAGUGGCUCGGCCCGGUGGAGUUCAAGAGCUCUGGACAUAUCGCUCUAGUAAACGCUGUGAUGGUGCCGGAGGCCACGCCGCCUGUGGCAGGUCUGGACCUGCGGAGAGUCAAGAUGUCCCGACACGCCUCCUUCAACAUCACACACACUUCUGUGGCGGUGCAGCGGCUCGUCAACUCUGCACCCUGCAGUCCACGCAGAGACCUCGCAGGUCUGCUGAACCAGCCUGUGGAUUACUCCAAGAAGACGACGAGCAACACUGCAGUGUGUCGCCUGCAGUUUGGAAACAGCACUGAUAACCGUCCCGCCUGCAGAAGACCGCUCGCUCCGUCCUCCAGCCGCCCCGCCCUGCUGGCAGCUUCCCCGCACCAAGAGCACCUCUUCACCUCCUCCCCCCCCCACUGCCUGGCCUACCUGCCCAGCCUGUCGCAGCCCUCGGUGGUCAUGCUGUACCGGGCGCCAGACCAGCCCGAAGGUCAGAGGUCGCCCAGGCUGGAGUGUGAGGAGGGGAGGAAGAGGAGGAGGGAGGACGGGGAACAGGGCCCCCCCAGGAAGAAGGGAGCAUCUGGGUCAGAGGACUGUGACGAGAUGAGUGGAGCUCGCAGCGAGUGUUCGGCUCACACCAGAACUUCCCCCGAACGUCCGCUGAAUGAGAGCGGAGCAUCCAGCGAGGCCGCUCAGCCAUCGCACUACCUCUAUGUUCCCAACAACGCAGGUCUGAACAGCCUGAACUUCCUGCUCUCUGCCGGCCAGCAGCUUCCUCCCAGCAGUGUUCCCACCCUGGCGCUGCCGUACGUCCUGCUGCCCUCUGCAGCGCUCUCCCACUUCCCCCUGGUGGCCAGCGGUCUGCAGCAGCAAGGCUCCGACAACAACGUGAGCUUCAGCCUGCCCGCCGUGAUGUCACCGGCUCACUUCAUGGUGGGGGCGGCGCCGUACGGCCUGGCAGCAGCCGCGGAGGUCAGCAGGUCACCGGCUCCAUCGCCGUCUACUCCAGAACAGAGCUGGCUGUACGGGGCGGCAGGACCUCCACGUUCUCCAACAGCGCCGCGUCACACUGUCAACAUCAGCACCGCAGAACCACUGACUCCGAAGGAAACCACACCCUGUGCCUCGAAGGCUUUCUUCCAGACCCCGGGCACUCUGGGAAAUGUAGUCAGCGCUGCGCCCGCCGCCCGGAGGAGAGGCUCGGCACAGAGGCGGCUGGACGUCGGACACCCUCCGACCUGUUAGACAGAACGUGUCCAACACUCAGCUGUUGAUCCUAAAAGUGACAUAUGCUUUCAAACCAGCCGUGCUUUAUUAAAUAUUAAAUAUUAAAUUAAUGAUUUCCUUCCUAAAUGUAAGAAUUUACAUUUUAGCAAAACACUAUUUGCUGAGACCUAAACGUAACAAUUUCCUAAAAUACAAAACUUUAUUUUUCCAAUCAGACUCUUCUGUUGAUGGUCGUUGUGUCCAAACUAGGUUUAAUUAUGGGAUACCACAGUGUCACAGCGCCCUCCUGUGGUGGGAGUCGGCCGCUGCUGUGUUUUACAUUUCAGCCUUAUUUUCCCUCCCAGAUAUGAUGAAGCUACCUACCUACACACACACAUACACACACACACACACACACACACACCACACUUGCUCACUAGCUAUUUAUAUUUUUGCUAAUAUAUGUUGAUUACAGGGACUGUAAUGGAACAGUAACGUGUUUUAGUACCAAGUAUCUGACAGAAAGUGUCUAAUAGUGAAGUGAUUGUUGUUGUUACAUCAUCAAGGGAACAGGAAGUCUCCUCCUGAGCGACAGCAGCAGACAAUCCUCUCGUGGCUCAUUUCAGACUCAACUCAGAGGAAAAAUCACUAAAAGCCUUAAAAUGUUUACAGCCGAGAAUCACGUUGUAGACUUGAUGCAUUGAAGACGCAGGAUCCCGGUGCUGCGUGUGUUCAGUAUCUGCAGCCAAAGUGUUUAACGGGACAGUUUGGAUGUAGGAGCUUCUUCUCCACUCACCUGCAGUAGAUGCAGACCGGAAGCUGAUGUCAGCAAAACACAUUUUAAACACUUAAAAGAUCUGUAAUGAUGGAAAGACCUGAACACAGGUGCUGAUCCUCCGCUUCCGCUGCCUCAAACGUUUGUUUGCGUUUUCUGUGACUUUGGUGUUUUAAACGGUUAGUUAGGAUUCACCAAAGUCACGUCGGCGUCCGUCCACAGCAGCACGCUGCUCAGCUUCCUGCUGGUUCCACGCUGUGGUGUGGAGAAGAACCUCAGACAGCCACACCUCCAGACUGUCCCUUUAAUAGUUGAGCAGCGAAGCCUUCAGCUGGUGAUGACUGAAGGACGAUGUAACGUGUGGCGACGCUCUCAGGUUCUUCAAUACUUUACUAGAAGUGGGUUGUGGAGAGAUAUCAGAGUACUGUAAAGAUGUUUUAUCUUUAAUUAUCCAGGGAAAGAAGCCAAGCUUAUAUUUGAUACAGUCCGACACGUUUGGACCGACCUGCCGCUGCAGGUGGGGGUUGAGUGUUGAAGCCCCCUCGCUGCCGUAGGUCGAGUCCUGAGCUCACGCGUUGCUUAGUGCUGGAAUCUUUCAGCAGAGCGAUGCUGCACCAACAGUGUGACUGGCGUCAGUAAUGUCCAGCUUCAUGUCUGACUGUUUUCUUUAUACUUGUGCAGAAUGUUAAAUGCUGCUCGACUGUGAAAUGAUUGUUGUCCUACUGUGUGUGUGUGAUGAGCUCUUCUGUCUUCUGAUUCACAAACUGCAUUAAAAAUGUAACACUGA